ACUAAAAGUGCCAUGAAGGGUUGGUUCGAUGCGUUUAGAUAUGAUGGUGGUCCGACUCUCUACAGCUUCAACAACAGAACUGCUGUCACCGGAGAUGUCACCCUCAUCACGUUCCUCAUAAUAUUCUGCACAUUAUAUGUCGCGUUCCUAAUCAUCUUUCCAGGAAUCAGAAAAGAAAGAUUCACAACAUUCUUCACAGUGACAUUAAGCUUAUUCGUAGGAGCGACAAAUUUAGUUUCAAUAUUCGGAUCUGGGUGGCACGUCGGAAAUGCGUCUAUAAUUAGUAGCUACAGGGCCUUUUCCAAAGAAAAGAUUGACGCGAACAUUGGUGUCUACGUUGGUUUGCAGCAUGUCAAUAUCACGUUGCAAGCAAUUUCGAACGAGAACACGACAACGGAUAUCGACUACAAUGAGAGAUUCUACUGGCUGACGUCUGACCAGAUGGGAAACAGUUUCAAAGAGGCUUUGACGAGGGGCCUGCCCUAUCCUAUCCUCACUGUGGCCGAAUACUUUAGCAUUGGUCAGGAAGGUUUAUCCUGGGGAGGACAAUACAGGGCUGCGGGUUAUUUUGCCGUCAUCAUGCUAUGGACAUCUUUCGCAGUCUGGUUAUUAAUGAACCUAAUGCUAAUAGUAGUCCCUCGUUACGGGGCAGUUUUAAUGACCGCUUGCGGCAUCUGCCUUUUGGGCACAGUCUGUGGAUACUUGGUUAUGCUUCCGGAAAAACCUUUGACGAUCCAUCUGGAGGGCCAAACUCUACACUUUCAUUUGGGCUGGUGCUUCUGGCUCGUCUUCAUAGCAGGCUUCAUCUGUCUGCUGAGCGGAGUGAUUAUUACGACAGUUGAGAUUCUGUUCCCUCACAGUUUCUCGACAAUUCUAGAAGUUGACUACGACACGCCUUACGACAGGCACAUUAUCAUAGAGGACAGCCAUGGAAAACGGUUCCAGAAGAAACGAUCGAGCAGUGGGAAACUGGAAGAGGCAUCAGGCGUAGGUCUGGGAACAAGGAUUUUGAGACGACUAUCUUCGAAAACGCCGGAUAAAAUUUUGGAAAAACAGGGAGUCGACAAUCAAGGCUUCGAAUUGGAGGCAACAAAACCAUCAUGGCAAUACCCCUUCAAGCAGAGACACUCGCUCCCCGAGAAGAAAUUGACGAGGACGAUUUCGCAAGACUCUGUCUCCACGAGCGUUUCAAAAGAUGUUCCUACGAUACACAAAGAGUUUUCUAGGUGCGCCACAGCCAUCCCAGUCACUCAUCCGCCAGACUCUGAUUCAUUCAUUUCUCAUUUACAGAUUAAGAAGCCAACCCAACAAAAUACAUGAGGUUUCCAUGUGGUAAUCGACUAAUACUUAGUGCAAUUUAUUAUAGGAUAACGUAAAUAUAACGAAAAAAUAACGAAAACUUUAAGUGAUCUUAUAUAUGUGAUAUUUGAUACUUUUUAAUAAUGUUAACAAUUGUUUAUCGAAUCGAAUAAUUUGCCAUAAUGCGAGAAACGAAAGCAAAGCAAGUCGAAAAACAAAUCCGAGCAAUAAUUGAUUUAUUGACACAAUUCUUAUGACUUGCUUUAUUUUUUAUUUUCUAAAAUGCCUUUGUUAAGUUAGUAAGAGUGAAAAAAAUGUAAUUCCAUACAGUUCUUUGUAAUCAAAUAACAUGUAAUUCUUACACUUUUCGAUUUAGUUUAAUAAUUUUAUUCAUGGUUUUAAUAAAUUUAUUUAUUGUGUACAA